UUCCAGACGUUGGCUAACCCGCUAACGUAGCCAGUUGCUAACAGGGAAAAAUUGCUUCAUAGCGGAAGUGGUGACGUUCCCGGAUCACAAAUUGCCGACCUAGGAGGGUUGUGUAUUCUUGGAAGCUGUACAGGAUGGACGGUGACAAGCAGUCUGCAUCUGAACGGAUUCUUCUAGAACCGUAUAAGUACCUGCUUCAGCUGCCUGGUAAACAAGUACGAACCAAACUGUCCCAGGCGUUCAACCAUUGGCUCAACGUCCCAGAGGACAAACUUCAGGUGAUCAUUGAAGUGACUGAGAUGCUGCACAAUGCAAGCCUGCUGAUAGAUGACAUCGAGGACAGUUCCAAACUUCGCCGUGGCUUCCCCGUCGCCCACUCCAUCUAUGGUGUACCCUCAGUCAUCAACUCCGCCAACUACGUCUAUUUCUUGGGUCUGGAGAAGGUUCUGACCCUGGACCAUCCAGAGGCGGUCCGUGUCUUCACCCGUCAACUGCUGGAGCUGCAUCGAGGCCAGGGCCUGGAUAUCCACUGGAGAGACACUUACACUUGCCCCACCGAGGAGGAAUACCGUAACAUGGUCCUCCAGAAGACCGGCGGCCUCUUCGGUUUGGCUGUGGGUCUCAUGCAGCUCUUCUCUAAUUGGACACGGGACCUCAAACCCCUACUGGACACACUUGGCCUUUUCUUCCAGAUCCGAGACGACUACGCCAACCUCAGUUCGCGUGAGUACAGCGAGAACAAGAGCUUCUGUGAGGACCUGACGGAGGGCAAGUUCUCUUUCCCCACCAUCCACGCCAUCUGGUCUCAGCCCGAGAGUACACAGGUACAAAACAUCCUGCGACAGAGGACCGAAAAUGUGGACAUUAAACGCUACUGUGUGGACUACCUGGAGAAAGUAGGUUCGUUCGAAUAUACGCGGCAGACUCUCAAAGACCUGGAGAAGGAGGCGUACCGUUUGAUCAGGGACCUGGGGGGAAACCCCGAACUGGAGGGACUGGUGGAGCAGCUCAGCCGCAUGUACAGAGAGCCUAGUGAUGUUACAGCAAAAGCCAGCCAAUCAAAACACUGACCAGGAAACCCCUAAAUUAUGCAAUAUGCACCAUGAACACAGUGGACUCUUCUGGGAUAAUGUACUGGUUUAUGUGUAAAACAGUUAUUUACUCCACAAAACUCUUUAUUUGAAGACUAAAAGUUACAGUCUGUCUCCCAUAAUACUUUGCAAGCAGUCAAGGCAAAUUAAAGUUAGAUCUUGAAGAGACUACUGGAGUCGUUAACACGGCAUCACAAAAUUUCUCAGUAAUAUACCAACAGUAAUUGAAUUAAUACCUCUUGUGUCCCACUGAAUUCAGAUGAAAUUACAUUAACUUGCAUUGACAGUGACAUUUUAAUUUUCUGUAGUGUUCUCAAACAUUUUAAUUUCCAUAAAUCAAGACCAUAGACUAUCAGCCUCAGCUAUGAGAUACGAUAGAUGCGUUGCCAGUGGCACAGAGAGGUAUUCAUAUUUUGGUUUUAUUAUUUGUGAUUUAGCCAGCCUGUUUGGAUGUCAGGAAUCUAACAAUGGACAGUUUUUCUCCCUUCGCCAAGCUCUCUCAGGCAGUAGUCAUUACACUGUAAACCAUUAUUCAAGAACACUUGACACGGGAUGGGAAAAGGCUCAUUUUUCAUCUCAGAACAUCUUUGUAUAGUGGUAGGGCAAUCACUGCACCAUAGAUGUUGACUAACUCUAGAUAGAUAACUCCACCGUAGCCUUGCUAAGUAGAGACAGUUAACAUAUGGAUCCAUAACAAAUUGGCUUUUGACAGUAAAUGUUCGUUUAAAAUUCAGUUAAUGUCACCGUAAAAACCUUAUUGUCUUAGUGUGGCAGCUGAACAAUCCUGACUGAUGUUUUCAGGGUAAAAAAAAAACAACCCUGUAUUAAGAGGUGUGAUACUUGAAGAAAUGCAACAGAAGUGGUGUUGACACAAGCGAAGCCUUACUUUUUUUAUAUGGAACCUUUGGAAGCCUGAGAGAAUAUUCUGGUUUAAUGAUGUGAAUGAAUACUGUGUGUGUGUGUGUGUGUUUUCUACAUUGGUCUGUAUGCAGGAGGGAUGUAAGAAUAUGAAUGUGUUAUUUCCAGUGUGCAAGUUAUAUGGAAAUGAACUUAAAUAUGUCAUAUGACAUUUGAUGGCCCUCCCUUUGUUUGAAUCAAUGACAUGUUGUUGUUCCUUUGUUCUACACUUGGUAUGUCUUGCAACAUGAAGUCAUAUCCCCUGAAGUAUUGUAAGUUUCUUGUUAUAUGAAAAAUGCCUCCAUCUGAUUUGCAAAGAAGGUU